UGCCGCUGAUAGUGCUGGAAGAUGGCGGCUUCGUGAAUAGGGAGGGACCGGCCUGAGCUCCGGGACACACGGGGCCCACCUGGCUGGGAGAGGCUCAGAGAACCCCGGGGGCCACACCGCGUGCAGACAGUCCGUGGGAUGCUAUGGCUAGUUCCUCUGACAGUGAGGACGACGCAUUCAUGGCUGUUGACGCAGUGGAAGGAAUAGAAGGAACGAUGGAACAAGACUAUGAGCCACAUCCUCGGAAACAGCCGACCAGACAUAACCGUUCCAUGUCAGAGCUACCGGAGGAGGUGCUGGAAUACAUCCUGUCCUUCUUGUCUCCAUAUCAGGAGCACAAGACUGCAGCUUUGGUGUGCAAACAGUGGUACAGACUCAUUAAAGGAGUUGCCCAUCAGUGCUAUCAUGGAUUUAUAAAGGCAGUCCAGGAUGGGAAUAUCCAGUGGGAAAGUCGGACGUACCCCUACCCAGGAACUCCAAUUACUCAGCGUUUUUCCCACAGUGCAUGCUAUUAUGACUCCAAUCAAUCAAUGUAUGUGUUUGGGGGCUGCACGCAAAGUAGCUGUAACGCAGCCUUUAAUGACUUGUGGAGGCUGGACCUGAAUAGCAAAGAAUGGAUCCGACCCCUGGCUUCAGGAUCCUACCCUUCACCCAAGGCUGGAGCUACGCUUGUGGUGUACAAAGAACUGCUAGUUCUUUUUGGAGGGUGGACCCGCCCAAGCCCCUAUCCGCUCCAUCAACCUGAACGCUUCUUUGAUGAAAUCCAUACUUAUUCACCCUCCAAGAAUUGGUGGAAUUGUAUAGUGACAACUCACGGGCCCCCUCCUAUGGCUGGACAUUCGUCAUGUGUCAUUGGCGAUAAAAUGAUUGUGUUUGGGGGUUCGCUGGGAGCUCGACAAAUGAGUAACGAUGUCUGGAUACUGGAUCUGGAACAAUGGUCAUGGUCAAAACCCAAAAUAUCUGGUCCCUGUCCCCACCCCAGAGGAGGACAAUCUCAGAUUGUUAUCGACAAUGACACUAUUCUGAUUCUGGGAGGUUGUGGAGGUCCUAACGCUCUGUUUAAAGACGCCUGGUUACUUCACAUGCAUACCAACCCGUGGACCUGGCAGCAGCUUAAAGUGGAGAACGAUGAGCACGGUGCCCCUGAACUCUGGUGCCAUCCUGCAUGCAGGGUUGGACAAUGUGUGGUGGUCUUUAGCCAGGCACCCAGCGGCCGUGCUCCCCUCAGUCCCAGCUUGAACUCUCGUCCAUCUCCAAUCAGUGCUACACCUCCAUCCCUGGCUCCUGAGACACGAGACUUCCGCUCCCACUCGCCUGUUAGAGCCCCUGAUGAAGCACCCUGUGUGAAUGGACGCUGGGGAACACUGCGGCCCCGAGCUCAGAGACAAACUACAUGUGGUUCCAGAGAAGGCAGUUUGUCCCCUGCACGGGGUGAUGGUCUGUCUCCUGUCCUGAAUGGUGGUAGCCUGUCACCAGCAGCCGCCGUGGACAGCCCCUUGCUGGUAGUGUCAUUGCCUGCUGCAGAGGGCUAUGACACCAAAGCCCCUAACUCAGUUCCUAUUCGUAGGGGCUCACUGCCUGAGCAGAAAGAUUUGUGUCUGGGUGCAUCAGACUGCACAUGGGAGAGAAAACGGGAGUUGGAGUUAGACACUGCCAGUCGUAUACCACCAGAGCAAACCAAUGGAGUUCACACUCCCCCACACAUCACAACUACUCUGUCUGGGGCGGUUUCUCCAGGAGAACUCCGUAGAGGACUAGAAGCUGUCCGGGCCUUAACUACAUCUCCCCCUUCUUCUUCAUCACAAGGUGGGGCCACCCCACUGAGCCCCCCUACGCUGUCUUCACCCAGCUCACCCAGCAAUGGAGCGGAAGCUGCAGCUGCUCCCCGUCCAGCCCCCACCCAAGGUGAUGGACACUCCCUACCACCUAUUGCCAGACGUCUAGGACAUCACCCGCCUCAAUCACUUAAUGUUGGCAAACCGCUAUAUCAAAGCAUGAACUGCAAACCCAUGCAGAUGUACGCCUUGAACAUUCAGGGAACUCGGGAAAAAGGUCGUGUAAAGUGGAAGUUGUUUAACAGCAGCUCAGUGGUGGGACCCCCAGAAACCAGCCUGCACACAGUUGUACAGGGCCGAGGGGAGCUCAUCAUAUUUGGGGGACUAAUGGACAAGAAACAAAAUGUCAAAUACUACCCCAAAACCAACGCCUUGUACUUUGUUAGAGCCAAGAGAUAAUGAGAUGGUAUACCUGAACUGAGAGACCCUUAUAGAAUAAUAACCUGCCACCGUUGCCCCCUUUUUACCCAUUUUACACUACGUUGCUCUUUGUGGUUUUUGCCCUGGGUUGGGAAUAUUAUCCAAUAUGUCAGAUUGCAGCCUUGUUUUUUCAGGUUUCCUCACUUACAGAUCCGAUUUAACCUCCUCUCUGCCUCAAAUGCCUGUAAAAUGAAUUGUUCCUUCCCCUGGCUGUGCUGGGGUUACUUCUGCUAAUCGGCAAUAUUUUAUUAGAUUAUCUUUCAAUAGGACCUUGAAAGAGUUGGCCUUAAUUUCAGUGUAAUCCUGCUUAAAACAAUAUAAUUGUAAUUAGAUUGUUACACGAGCAAUCAAACAAGUCUUCUUUUAGAUUUUUCAUUUUAAUGAGGCUUCUUAAUGCACAGUCAUAUCAUGUCGAAAGAAGCAACAGCCACAGAAUUCUAGAAUCUUUGUGCUCUGCAACCUCUCUGAAACUUGACCAAUUGACCGAUUAAUUCCACUAUUGGCCAUAGAGAGAGAUGUGUUAUUUUGAUUGCAUUUCUUUUUCUAAGUUCCACCUACGGAGCAGUGAAUAGUGUAGAGAGAGUCCAAAGUAUUCCCACCAUUAUUUUGUGGUUUAGUCACCAGAUUGGGAGGAAUUGUCACAAAUUCCAACUUUAUGGUCAAGACCGCAGAUUUUUUCAUUUUCAGCUGUUUGGCUUAACUUUUGCAGUUUCUUUGCCAGUUCUCUUUGACUCCCAGUUUAGUGAAUAAAUCAUUAAGAAAACAAGCCAUCUACACGUUGGCUUCAUUACCUUGCAGGGUAUUACUCACUAGCAUCGGCCACAUAGAAAUAUCAGCGUUUGUGUUAUAACAAAUACAGGGUGUAAGUCCUUACCUUGUGGCCGAUGCAGUUUAUCUGUUGACGACCGCCUUUCUUAAAGUGGAUAUCUUAGCAAUUCCUGAAGGCACUGCAUAGUGUUGCACUAGUAAUUAUUAUUCCUCAUUAAUUAGUGAUCUAGGUGCAUUUUGAGAUAUAUUCUCCAACCGUAAAUUUAGAAUACUCAAUCUCAUAUCCUGGAUUAACGUCAUUAUCCUGCAGGCUUCACUUAUAUAAGGGGAAACGUAGCUUAAUUCAUGGGACCAGAUUUCUUGAUAUGUUUUCAGGUUACAUGGAGCUGUUUGUUUCUCCCAGUGCCUGAGUCAGCACGCACGCUAACACAUACAAUUAAAAUAUUAUGAAUUUAGUGUUUCACACGUCA